AUGCCUAUGUUGGGAAACGAUGGUCAGGGAGCUCAGCCGAGCUUCGCAUCGCUGCACUGUGCCUGCAACAGCACCAUGGCCCCCUACAACCGUCCCGAAAAAGGUAUAGGAAUACGCAUCAUGCUUCUCACUCCUAUCCAGUACCCGACCACACCUCCCGAACAUGCUCCAGUCAAAACAAGCUCCUUAGCCCCAGCGAGUUGCGUCAAAAGUCUCCCUGCAUCAACCAUAGAAGCAGUCAUGCCGAGGCGAUUUAUCCAAUCGCAUCUGAGCGGUUAUUCAUCUCCCACACGUGAUCCCCUCCAGUCAGCGACACUAGCAACCGCACCACCAGAUCCAUCGAUGGGAGAGCGUGAUCUGACGACCAAAUUCGGUGCCGCUAAAGCGGAUAUCACACGUCGUCUGGGGAUCGUGCUCGAUGCGAUGCGAAAUGCAGGUUUUCAAGACUUCGACGCGAUGGUAGUGGCGUACUAUACUGCGCAGUUCGAGAGGAGCAGCUUCCCUGCCCUGUUACAAUGCGCCAGCCGCAGUCGCCGCCUGAAGCCGAUGCUGCAGGAGCUGCAAGACAGCAGCCGACAAUGGCCGCGGUGGGAGUCUCGAGGCCUCAACGAGAGUAUAUCCGCAGGAACAGCAUUACUUUGCGUGGAAGAAAUGGACCUACUGAAUAAGAGAAAAGAACUACACCUCGAUCAAAGUGAGCCUGCGAGUCUCAUUAAUGCAUUGGAGUCGCAUUACGAAUGA